AAAUAUUUAUAUAUUCUAAUUUGAAACAAAAUAAAAGAUGUAUAAAGUGUUGUGGAACAUUGCUUGCAACAAAAAAGAUGAGGUGAAUACGAACUACUUUUGUGAAGUUGGAAGCAUUGCACAAACUUUUCACCCGAGAUAUCAAUGAUUUUAUGACAACAUGUAGAUCGAUACUUAAGCUGAAAUGUGUAAAAGUUACGAGCUUUUAAGAUUUAUAAUUAUUUAUGAAGAAGAAAUAUGACAGCUAGACAGUGAAAGUGGAAAAGAUCUUGUUUAUGGAUUGCAGUGUUUAAAAGAAACCCCUAGUUCAUUUCUUCAAAAGGAAACCAACUAAUCGUAUUUUAAUUAUGCUUAUGGAGAAUCAGUUUCUUCAGACAAAGAGUGUCUGACGUCAGAGAGAAUGAAUCUGGACAUAUUUUUUUUAGUUUUGAACGUAUUCGUAUUUUUGAAAUGUAAUGCUGCUAUUGGUGUUGAAUUUGAAGUUCAUCCCGAAUCUGAUACAAAAGUUUUUGAACUGCGACAUAAUGUCACGGACUUUGAUGACAGCGGAGGUUUGCCGUACAAAUACCGGGAAAAAUUUCUCACUCACGGACUAAUCCAGGAUGUUAUAUUUCUUGCGCCCAAAAAUAUUUUAAAGGUUAAAUGGGGCUGGAAGAACAUUUUCCUCGGAACAAAAAUGCUGGCAGAAAAGUUGAGGGAACCACCGCAACUAAGUUGGCCUACGGAAAGGGGAGUUUUGUACACUCUCAUAAUGACUGGUCCUGAUUUCCCAACGAGAGAAAACCCUGCUCACCGAGAAUGGAUUUAUUGGCGAGUGGGAAACAUUCCAGAGAAUGACGUACAUUAUGGAGAUGUGAUUGAUGCUUACUGCGGGCCCUCGAUGUGUUUUGAGCCAAAGCCCCGGAGGUUUUUGUUACUUGUGUAUAAGCAGCCAGUAAUAGACAAGUGCAUUCAAUUUGAGGAGAUAAAAAAACGGCAAGUCAUUUUCCACGAGCGAGCCCACUUUUCAACUCUCAGAUUUGCUGAAAAAUAUGGAUUUGACAUUUAUGCUCAUGCGGGAAACUUCUUCCUGGUCGACGGAAUAAAUACCAAAGUUUAAGAGCUGCAUAGAUGAGAGCUUUUGCUGACAAUGAGGUUCAGAAUGUCAACCCCAAAGUAUGACUGCUGACUUACAUCAUAUCCUGAUGGGCCAUCUCUCAGCCUAACCUGGUUUGGUUUUAAAAUUUUACGAUGUUAAAGUUGUCAGACUGCUCAGCGCUGUGAUUAGCUGUUGAAGAGAUAUCGUGCAAUCCGCGCUAUGAGUAUUUGUGGGUCGAUUAUUGAAACUGAUAGACAAAGCCAUAGGCAAAGACGACAAAAGGGAUUCGGAGGGAUCCUAUUGGUGGAAGCAGGUGGUGGCAAUGGACAUAGGAGGUAGGUAAUGGACUAACUAACGGCAACCCACUAAAGACCCGACAGUUAGUCCAUCAUUUUCUUCCUUAGUCUAUAAGAACCAACCAUGUCAACCAAUAAGAUCGCUCCAUACUCUCUAUGUCUUCUUUGUCUAUCGCUUUGUCCAUCAGUUUCAAUAAUCGCUCCGCAGGUAAGUGCAUGACCAUGACGUUUUGCAAAUUAAUCAAAUACCUCCGACACUUCAUCGAUUUUAAAUGUAAAGUUGAAAAAUUGGUGUUUUUUUCUCUCUCGCGCUCUGCUGUGGCUCUAAGCAAUAAUUUUGUUAAAUGCAAGCGUUGUAUGCUUUUGUCACUAUGAUGGUAUCUAGCGUCAAAUUUUCAUUCAGUU